CGAGACUAACUUCAUACAAUGCUAGACUAGAUCUAUUUGAUGCCACAAUGGAUCCAUUUGAUGCCUCACUUAUUCUAGUUUGAUGCCAUACUUUCCCCUAAAAGAAAUCCCAUACUUGUCUCACUCUCUAUACUCUUCUCUGUUUCUCAAUCAGAUCCUAAUACGCUCUUCUGUUUCUCAAUCAGAUCCUAAUACGCUCUUUCGUAAGAACCCUCUCUGCUUUAGCCCAAGCCUCCAAUUUUUUCGAGUGUUUCGCGUAUAUUGAGGUUAAAGAAAGAGAAUAUUUCUGCUGCUGCACAUAAGCUCAAUCCACUUUGUGUCGUUCUCUUCACAUGGCUGAACCUGAAAGGGGCGUGACAAAGAAGAGUGAUCCUCCGGAGAAAAAAAGGGUUAAAAUGACAUCAAUCACUGAGGCUAAGGACAGAAUUUCGAAACUCCCCGAUACAGUCAUUGUACACAUUCUGUCGUUUCGUCUCACCGAGGAUGUCGUUCGGACAUGCCUCCUUUCAAAGCGUUGGAAGUUCAUGUGGUAUUCAGUUCCCAAACUCUUUUUCUCUGAUUCUAGUGAUACUGGUCCUGAUUCUCAAAAGUUCUACAAUUAUAUCGAUAAUUGUUUGGAACACCGCAAGAAAGGUAUGUAUUUUAUUGUCGAUUCAGCCAUAGCUAGUUUUAAGCUUCAGAUGUAUUAUUGCUAUCGAAGAAGCAAGGCUCGCCGCCUAGAUAAAUGGUUAGAUUUUGCGGUUGAGAAUAAAGUCAAGGAAUUGAGUCUUCGGUUGUGGCCAGAAAAAGAUAAUGUAAAAAAUGAUGUGCUAUCCAAGUCUUUGUUGGAUUGCCCUUCUCUUGAGAAAUUGUUGUUAACUUCGUGUCAUGACUUAAGUAUUGAUAAUCCACUCCAGUUGCGAAGCUCAAGCCUCAAGUUCAUGCAAAUUCUUUUCAGUAUAUCUCUUCAAGUUGAAGCUGUAAAUCUUGAAUCUUUGUUGCUGCGCGAUAAUCCUGUUUGCUUUGAGAAAAUAAAAUUCUCUGCGUGUAAGGCAAUUAGAAAUCUCAAACUAGAAUUUUGUCGUUGGAGUAUGCCAGACCACUCAUCAUUUGCAGAUCUCAUUUCAAACUUUCCUCUCCUAGAGAAUUUGACUCUGGAGAAUUGUUAUGGCAUGUCGAGGUUGGGGCACCUUAAAAUUUCUGGUCAACAUUUGAAAUGUUUCAAUUUCAAAAAUUCCUUUGACGAGGAUAAUGUGAUCAAGGCCAUCACAAUUAAAUCAGCUCCAAAAUUAGCUUCAUUUCAUUAUGAUGGUAAUAUGGAUUGUAGCAUAUCAGUAGAGUCAUCCAAUUUGCUGAAUGGAAAAUUUGUACUUAGAAAGGAUUAUUCCAAGCAUGACACCGAUUUGUUUAUCCAAAUGGUGAAUUUUCUGAUGAAUCUCAAUUGCUCUUGGAAUAUGGUAACUCUGCACGUUUGGUCAGGACAAAUUCUCAUCAUGCCAGAAGGUUUAAAGAGGAUAUGUCGUUCUCCUUCACUUGAUUGGAAGCAUCUCAGAGUUGUUUUACCUGAUUGGAAGCAUCUCAGAUUUAUUAGUGAUUGGGAGUCAGAGAGAGAAUCAGACUUUAAGGAUACCUUAAUGUGGAUUGCACCCUCUUUACAAACAUUAUCUAUUCACGGAAAACAGAUAUUCUAGUGUUUUACAUUAUCUACUAAUUUUGCAGUUUAUUGGAAUUUUGUAAGACCUCAUGUUAACUCAGCUCAGGUUGCCAAAUAGUUUUGGUAUUUGUUUUCACUUUUUAUUUAUUUUUUAUUCUAUGAUGUUACUUGAAUUUAAUACCAUUAAUCUAUUCACUAAAAUGGUUAUCUCGCAUA